CAAGAUUCACGUUAAUGAUAGAAUGGCAAACAUUUUAUAUAAAAGUUAGCUUAUUGCAAAUAGUUAUUAGUUUCUGUUAAAUCUUUGGAAAUAAAACAGUUUUCAGAAUAAACUAAACCAUGGGCAAGAUUGCAGUUUGCGUGACACUCGCUGUGAUGUGCCUUACCCUUAUUUCUGCAGAAUUGGACAGAGAGCUUACACCCCCACGUCCAGAGCCUGAAACUGAUGAAGUUAAACCAGCAGUCGUUUUAUUAAGAGCAGUUCGUGCUCUUCAGGAAGCAGCAGAGAAAAUUGAUGAAGAAUAUGCAGUUCCAGUUGCUAAAGCAAGAGCUUUACGGUCCAUUCCAGUUGCUCCUGCAGAAUCCAAGGUUCAAUAUGCUAAUUUAAGAGCUAUACGAUCUGUUUUAGCUGAUGCUCCAGCAAGAGUUGGAGCUGCUCCAAUUGCUCUAGCAAGAGCUGUUCGUUCGAUUCCGCUUGCAGCUCCUGUAAAAGUUGCAGAAGCUGUUUUGGCAGCUGCUCCAAUUGCUCCAGCAAGAGCUGUACGUUCAGUUCCAAUUAUUUCUGAUGUAAUUCCAGCAAUAGCUCCAGCAGUAGCCGAAGCUCCACUUGCUCUAGCAAGAGCUGUACGUUCAGUUCCAAUUAUUCCUGAUGUAAUUCCAGCAAUAGCUCCAGCAGUAGCCGAAGCCCCACUUGCUCUAGCAAGAGCUGUACGUUCAGUUCCAAUUAUUUCUGAUGUAAUUCCAGCAAUAGCUCCAGCAGUAGCCGAAGCUCCACUUGCUCUAGCAAGAGCUGUACGUUCAGUUCCAAUUAUUCCUGAUGUAAUUCCAGCAAUAGCUCCAGCAAUAGCCGAAGCUCCACUUGCUCUAGCAAGAGCUGUACGUUCAGCUCCAAUUAUUUCUGAUGUAAUUCCAGCAAUAGCUCCAGCAGUAGCCGAAGCUCCAAUUGCCCCAGCAAGAGCUGUGCGAUCUGUUUACGCAGAUGGUCCUACAUGGCCGGAGCGCCUCUAAAAAAUGCAGAAUCUAUUUUGGCAGCUGCUCUAAUUGUUCCAGCAAGAGCUGUACAUUCAAUACCUUCUGCAGAUGUCGCAGCUCCAAUUGCUCCAAUUAGAAUUAUUGUUUAAACAAGCUGUCUUUAAUUUAAAAUGUUAUAUGUUAAAAAAACUUCUAUAAAUCGAAGAAAUUUAUUCUACUUUUUUUAAAUUAAACUAUUUUUUCCUGCAUGAUUUGAUAAUAAAGAAAAUUUUUAUACAAAUAUAA